CCCUGCCUGCACAUCACAGCAGCGCCUCCGCCCCUGCCUGCACAUCACAGCAGCGCCUCCGCCUUGCAAGUCCGGCGUUUGCAGUCGCAGCCCAGCCUGCAAUACACCGGCCUGCAGCACACCACCGAGCCUCUAGCCUGCGCCGAUCCCGCCUGCAGCAGCCCGAGCGACUGCCCAGCCCCGGCGAUCCGUCGCAGCCCAGCUUGACAAGCAGCCACCUUCACCGAUCUGCUCCCACCGAUCACCUAUCCCAGCAGCCCACCGAUCACCGCUCACCUGCUGCUGCACCCAGCGCGCCUCCUCUGCAAACUAGAAGAAGACUCGAAGGACUGAAGGAGGAAGAAGAGAAAGGAAAAAGAAAAAAAACCGGCCCAAAGAAAAGGGACCCGGCCAAGAAAAAAAAGAAAAAGAAGGGCCUAAGUAUACACCCGGCCCAAAUCAAAAAAAAAAAAAAAAAAAAAAAAAAAAGCAGGCCCUGCAGGACCAGAAACGAAAAAAAAACAGAGAAAGAAAAGAAAAAAAGGAGAAGGUCCAAAGUAAAGAUCAGGCCCAGAAAAAAAGUGCUAAUUCUCAGCCCAACAAAUCAGCAGGCCCAGCAGAACCCGAAAAAAAACAUCGCUACGCACGCCUGCAUCAACACGCGCGUGCGCUAGGAUCGUUUUAUUUACUCAAAAUCAAAUGGCUGAUCCAACUCGACCUGAGUUUGACAUCUUGGACUCAGAAGGACUUGAGUACCAUCGUUGGGUUUCCGAUAUGGAAACUGCCUUUGUGGCAAAAGACUACACUGCCACCAUUACUGAUCCCAAAGAUGAUGAACUAUCUAAUAAGGUGAAAGCAGAUGCCUUAAUUUUUCUGAGGCGACAUAUUGAUCCUAGCCUACGCUGGGAGUACCUUCAGUUGAAGACACCCAAAGCACUGUGGGAUGCCCUUAAAGGACGUUUUGGGAACAUUCACGAUACUUUGCUCCCAGGACUGGCUGUUCAGUGGAAUGGAAUCCGCUUUCUUGACUAUAAAAAGGUCAAUGACUUCAACAAGGACAUGUUGCGCUUAAAGGCACGUCUCAAUUUCUGUGGAAGGGAAAUCACAGAAGAUGAUAUGAUCUCAAAGACUCUUACCACCUUUCCUAAUUCAGCUUUUAUACUAGCGAACCAGUAUCAAUUGGAUUAUGACAACAAAAGAAUCACAACCUUCAAUAAGUUGAUAAGCCUACUGCAAGUGGCUGAGAGACAAAAUAAGAUUCUCUUGAAUAACAAUGCCAGGCCCACUAGGACAAAGAAAAUUCCCGAGGCUAAUUAUGGAAAAAUGAAAGGUGGAAAUAACUCCAAUGCAAGGGGGUUUAGACGUGCUGAUCCCUACCCACGUGGCAACAAUGCACCACGUGGAAAGGGACAUGGGGAUCAUGGAAACAAGAUGCCAAAGGAAAGAGUUGACAAUGAACCAUGCUAUAGGUGUGGAUUCAUUGGGCAUUGGUACAAGAACUGCCAAGCAAACAACAGAGUAGCAGCCAAUUACAAGAGGUAUAGAGAGUCUAAAGAACAAGAGGCUCACUAUAUGGAAGAAGGAGGUCAUGACCUAGACGUCAACCUUACAAUUGCAGACUUCAAUGGCAAAGAGGAACUUGCUAAGUCAAUGGAUGCUCUCAAUCUUGACUGAUCUGCUUUAUUCAUUUUAUUUUCCAAAGACAGUUAUGAAGGCAUAAUGCCUCAUUUUUAAUUAGACUACUACUUGGUCUUAAAGUUUAUUUCAAUACUGGUUUGAUGAAUUAGAACAAGACCUUGAUUUGAUUA